ACGAAAUAACGCUUUCACUCGUUGGCAUGGAUUUUGGCUAAUAAACAACACUUUGGAGGAUGAUUUUGCAACGCAUUUGAACGUUAGUUACUUCAAAUUAGCAUUGUUUUGUUUAUUUGUUUAGCUAAUCCAUCAUCAAUAUUUAAUAUUUAAACAAUUUAGUUUGCGAAAACGUGCAAACUGGAAUAUUUUUCCUGUUCUGAACUGAAGUCUCUGGUGCCAGCUAGCUAGCUAGUUUAGCACAACUGCCUGGCCUUUGUUUUUCAUGGGUGUUUUUCAGCCAGUGCCGUUGACCAGCUAACUAAUAUUUUCGCCUUUCAACAUCCCUGAAUUUUAUAAAGAUGAAGAGAAAAGUGGCUCGAUUACGGUUAAGUCCAAAUGAAGAAGCUCAACUCAUUCGAGAGGAACACGAAAGGAGAAGGAAGCUGCGAAUACAACAGGUAUACAGUAGCUAACUAGCUAGCUAGCAAACACUCGCUCUCAGUGACAAUGCUUACAACCCAAAUGCUGAUCAUUAGCUACCACUCUCUCACAGGUGCGGGAACAGGAGCGGUAUAUCGCCCUGCAAAUCCGCACGGAGGUGCAGCAGCGAAGGGAGCGCGAGCUGCAGAACCUGGCAGAGGAGUUGAAGGAGGAGUGGGAGCGACAGCAGAGGGAGAAACUGGACACCCUGCGAAAGUUAUACCAGGACAAUCUCCGAGUUUUGGGAGAGGGACAUAGAAGUGCCAAAGAAAAUGUAAACACUCAACUCUCAACCCAUGUCUUAGCAAUGUGUGAUACACUGGCAGUCUGCAAUGUAACGUUACUGGGUUUUGUAAGAAUUUGUAAGCAACUUGGGUUAUGCCCCAGAGCACAAAAUACUUCCCUAUACAACUGGUCAAGGCACACUUCAUGUUUCCCCAGGAGCCUGACUGGGAGGCAAUUGCACUGAAAAAUGAGGAGAAUCAUGUUCGGGCAGAUGAGCGCUAUCGAGAAGCCCUCAAAGAGCUCAAAUCACAGAGACAGAAAGAUCAGGAGGAACAAAAUCGGUGAGCCUGUCAACUGGAUUUUAUUUGGUCAAACAAACAUGGGAUUGUUACUUUGUUUGAUAUUAAAUCUGGGAUGUUUUUCUUCUCCCUCAAGUUUUAUAGAGGCUAGGAAGAAGGCCAUACAGGUGGAGAAGGAGAGGGCAUCAAAAGUGGCCAACCUCCCGUCCCUUCCACCCAACCCAAUUGAGGUAUAGUUCAUGUUUAGGAAUCGGGCACAUUGGGACCUAUGGUCAUACCAGUAAAAGUUGUAUUCCGAGCCUGUAGGUUUGGGAUGGAAAGUUCAUAAUCAGGCACUGUAACAAUAGAAUAUAGGGCUCUCCAUCCAAACCCACAUAACAUUCUUAAAGCACACAUUUAACUAACAAUAUUAUAUUGUAGUAUGAGCAAACAGCAGUAUCAGUAGAUCUUUUCAAAACAAUACCAGAAAAGAUAUUCUCAAAUUUUGUGCAUUUCUUUUUACUUUUGACAGAAUAUUGAGUCAAGGAAGCUGCAUGCAGUGAAGAAAUCGGACGUGGAUGCCUUCUCUGUGACCCACUAUCACAUGCCAGAGACUGCAGUGGACAGGGAAGUCGACACAGCACAGGUAAUCUAUCUUUAAAAGCUCAAAAAGAUGCAAUGGCCCAGUGGGAUAUUGUCCUCUUUCUAAUGUAACCGGUGUGUUUUGUUCCCUCAGCCAAACGCACAGGAGGUGGCAGUGGAGGAGACGCUGCGCCUGCAGGAGCUAGGGCAGGAGGAGCAGAGGGAGAGACGGGAGCAGCUGGAGAAGGCUCGUCUCAGGGGCAACCACGCGCUGAGGAGGGAACAGCUCACACAGGUACAUACUGCUACACAACCACACUCACCUUGUUGAAGACUAUACAAGUGAUAACAUGAAAGAAAAGUUAUUGUACGACUUUCUGCAUAGGGAGGCUAAACCUGUCCUGACCUGUUAAAUGAAUGCCUGAAAUCCUUUGAAUACAUAUUGGAUGUGUCAAGGCCAAGACAACAGCAAUAUGUAUGUUUGUUAUGCUGUCAGGACCGAGAGCGCCUCCUGGUGGAGCUGGAACACAUGCAUCAGACAGACCUUUUGAGGCGCAGGCAGGUGAUGGCUCAGAUGCCUGCCCAGAUCUUCCAGCCGCUCCACAAGAGACAGGAGAUGAGGGAGGACUGGCAGAGGGACAUGGAGUUUGCCUUCGAAGACAUGUACACUGGAGAGAGGAGUAAGGAGGGGGGGGGGGUCCAAAUCACGAUUAAUUUUUCAGUGCUCUCUCUGCAGCAAUGUUUUUCUACUCUGGCCCUGAGUACACAAUUUGUUGGUAUUGCCAUGAUGCGUAGAUAAGUUGUUUUACUUGAUUGAAAUUGAGACAUUAACCCUAUCCCAGACAGAGUAGUGUGGACACACAUAUUAUUAUGGUACCUAAUUACCAUAAGUACGUUGGAGUGGAGUUUCUCAAUUCGUCCAAUUAAACCUGUACUGAUCUCUUGCCUGCAGGAGUGAAAGGUGACCUGGUGCUGCAGCUGGUCCCAGAGCCUCUCCCAGCCGUGUCCACUGGCAGCCAGGAUGAAGACCUAGACCUGACCCUUGAGGAGGCAACUCCUGAACUUACACCCUUGGCUGGGGCAGAGGAACAACCGGAUGAAGGUGAAGAGAUGGAUGACUUUCUGAUGUUGGACUCUGGCUUUGAUUGUUUGAUUUACUGACUAUCAGAGUAUUACCAUAGUGUUGUCAAAAAAGGUUAUGUGGAAACUGUAAUAAAUGGAGUUGGAUCGUGUGCACGAAAUAAACUAUUGUUUUAUCUGUCAUGGUAGAACCAUCCAGGCCUCUAGGUGGCGCUCCCAGACAGGCCUUGAAGAAACUAUUGACCCGCAUCAGGUCACAGAGAGACCAUUGGAGCUACCGGAGGCUGGUUGAUCCCCCGUCUGACCGCCAAACUACUCCGACAGCAGAGUGCAACACGACUGCAGGCGGUACGACCAUUGAGACAGGCUCUCUGGCCAGUGAGGAGAGGGGCCGACCUUUGACCACUAGUCCCAGACUCCCUGACCCCUCUCAGCCAGCCCAAGGUUAGUGAGCCUUUGGUAGAUCUUCUUGAUUUGCUGCUACAAGUUGAAGAGUCAAGAGAAGCAUUUUUUUCUAUAGUGUUUUUUGGAUUAUCCAUUUCAUUUAUUUUAUCUGAUCAGCUAUAGAGACAACAGAGGAGUCCAUAGUGGCUGGUACCCUGCUCCAUCCUGAUAAACAAGCCAUGAAGAUCCACACAUUCGAAACCGAGAGGAGGAGAAGGGUGUGUGUCUUUGUAUCUAUGUAUUCAUGCAUGUCUAUAACAUGUCGGGGGGGGGGUAAAAAAAGUGAAUGAAUUAACCUUACUGGGAAAGUGUAAGCUCAUAGUUUGCCCUGUGGUUGCCUCUGUUGUCCAGGAGGAGGAGCUGGAGAGACAAAAGCAGGAGCAGAUAGUCCUGCUACAGGAGUUAGAGGAGAAGAAGAGCAGGCUGGAGCUGCUGCUGCAGGAGGCCCAACAAGAGAGAGAGCAGCUGCAGACGGCCAAGACCCAGGACACCGCCGCUGCAUCUGGAACACAGAAAACACCAGCACAGGACGUCAGCCCUGCUGCUCCAACUCCCGAGGUAGGUGGAUGUGGGUGGGAUUGUGAAUACGUGGGAUUGUGUGAAUGCCUGUGGUUGUGGUGGGAUUGUGUGAAUGCCUGUGGUUGUGGUGGGAUUGUGUGAAUACGUGUGGUUGUGGUGGGAUUGUGUGAAUGCCUGUGGUUGUGGUGGGAUUGUGUGAAUACAUGUGGUUGUGGUGGGAUUGUGUGUAUGUAUCUAUCUGAGCCAUGAUGUAAAUCAAUAAUACCCUGAAUUAUAUUUAAAAAUAUAUUUCAUGAUGGCUUCUAUACUUGAACUGAGCUCUGUGUGUGUGUGUGUGUGUGAGAGAGACAUGUAAAUCAAUAUUACCCUGAACUGAAGUAUAUUUUCAACAUAUUUCAUGAUGGUUUCUACACUUGAACUGAGCUCCGUGUGUGUGACUGUGUGUUUCCACAUAUGCAAUAGCGACACUGACUUGUUCUGUGUUUGUUCCUGUGCAGUCUACUGUACCCUCAGCUGCUGAGGAUGACCACUCCAGGAGAAUCAAAGAGUAUCAGCAGCAUCUCUUUGACAAGAACAGGUGUGUUUCUCGCAAUGGCUGAUUCGUAUGACGAAAUUCAAACAUUUAAAAGAGCUGCCUAUUGCUGAUUUGUGUAUCAUGUGCACCACAGAUAUCUUAGGGUGGCAGGUAGCCUAGCGGUUAGCGCGUUGGGCCAGUAACCGAAAGGGCACUGGUUCGAAUACCUGAGCCGACAAGGUGAAACAUCUGUCUGUGCCUUGAGCAAGGCACUUCAUGCUAAUUUGCUAUGGCUGACCCUAUCUGUCCUAUGUGACAAUAAAAAAACGUCUUUAUCUUGUCUUCUGUUAUUGUUGUUUUUGGUCAUAAAAAAAACAAAAACAUUUUUCAAUGUUUCAAUCUCUUAGGCUUCAUAAGCAGUCAGUUGAGGAGGCUCGCAGGCGUCUGGAAGAGUACCAACGCACGCUAAGAAACCGCUACUCUGGUGUAACUACGUCAACACGUCUCCCUCCUGGUACCACAGCCCGUCCGCUACCACACUUUAGAGAAAUCAUUUCCCCGACAGUGCCCCUGGAACUCCCCUAUGGCUCUGCCCUGCUCCCCUGUCUCCCUGUAGCACCUAGUACCCACUCUAGAGCUCACACCCCUCUGGACCUCCCCACACGGGAGCCCUCCAUCUUGGCUCAAACUCUCUUCCGUCUUGGCACAGCAGUCGGCUCGCAUAUUAACUCCAGGACCUCACCAGUGCAGCUAGAACCCACAGCUGAAAGCCUAAGGGACCAAAGAGCAGGUGUUUGGCUGGCAGACAAUGUGUUUAGUAGGGUCACAGAGGACCUCCCUGGGAGGCUACCUCCCCCCUCUACCUCGUUGGACCCCCAGUCCUACAGACCACAUCCUGUUUCCCCCCACCCUACUCCACACAUCCCACUCCCAUCAAGAACUGACCCCAUCCCAGCCAUCAGCCCAAUCCUUUCAGAAGAGUCAGCUACUCUCCCUGUGGAGGCCCCGGUGAAUCCUGGGCCUGUCCUGCGGGCCCCGGCCAGGUUUGGGGGGGAGGUGGAGAGGCAGGAGCUACGGGAGGCCCAGCGGAGGGUGGAGGCCCAGAGGGAGGUGAUCUUUAUGCAGCAGAGGGAGCUGGAGGAGGAACAGAGGGAGCGGAGGAGGAGACAGAGGGAGGCGUUACAGCCACUGCUCACUGCUGAUGACACACAGGUGAGGAAACAAACACCUCAAGGGUUUUACCUGCUGUUACUAAGGCAGGGCUGCUAUUGGUUUAAAAUUAUAAAAAAAAGUAAGAGUAACACUAACAUGUAGAACAAGUAGGUAGCCCAAACAUGUAAAUUGUGUCAAUGAAAUUGCAUGGAUAUACUUUGCCUACUGACUAUAAAAUAGCUGACCAGCCUUUUCUGUGUGUAUCUGUGUCUGUCUGUAUGUGUCUGUGUGUGGCUCCACCAGCCUGGUCCAGAGACCGCUGAUGGUUUGGGGUCAGAGGUCCUGGGGUCAGAGCGUCUCCGUCUGAUGGCAGCUCUGCUCAGGGCCAUCGAGGAGUCCAAUGGGCAAGCCUCACCAUCUGUCGAAGCCAAUCAGAGCCAAGACGACAAACUCGGCGUCCAGAGUUCACACCCAGACAGACCCGCCCCUCACCCACUCCCCCACCACCACCCCCGGGCAGCCAAACCCCCGGUGGCCCACGCCAGGCUGGCCGUCAUGGAGAUGAUGACAGAGCAGCACGAGCUCAGUGCCAUCCAGGAGGUGGAGACGCCAGCCAAUGCCAGCCUGAUCACAGGUCAGCCAGCCAGCCACACCCACAGGGGGCACCAUACACCACACCACACAUGGCAGUGGUCAGCUCUGGUAACCACUUGUAUACAUCCUUCAUAAACAAGCGUGUAUCUCUAACCUGCUUCUGUGUGUUGUGUCCAGAAGAGAGUGUGACGCUGUUUCGUAUUGAAAGGGCAGUCCCAGAAGACCAGGACCGCUCGGCCCACUCUGAGAGAGGUCACUCCGGCACCUCUGUGUCCAGUGCAUGGGAACACACAGCUGGGACAGGGACUGGGAGUGAGACAGUAAUCGGGUCUGGUAGAUCCAGCAAGCUGUCCUGGAGAGAGAGACUACGGCUGGAGGCUGGUGCCUCUCCUGAACCUGGUAAGGAAAGGAAGAAAUGGAUGAAGGGGAAUAUGGAGAUAUCUUAUGCCAGGGUGGUUACCACAGACUAUAAGAGAGGGGUCCUUUCACUUUUAUAAGAUUUAGACUGAUUGUCAUGGAGUCCUCUCAGACAUUUUCAGUCACUCUAAUCCAACUGUUCUUUGUCCUAGAUCCCACCCCAGCGCUCCCAGAACAGUCUUAUCACUCCUGUGAGUUUGGGAGAAGUGUCCCUGGCAAAUCUCCUACAGAGGUAAGUUUAACCCAUGAUUUAAGUCUGAGGGUUUUUACUGGUUUUAUUUGACUCCCUCUGAGGUCCACCGUAUUGUGGGUAAAUGAUGGGAAGCUGCCAAAUCUGAGGGUUUGUGGUCUGUCCUACAAAACCCAUGAUAUUGCUUGAGAAGCUGUUUUUUGUUUUUGUUUGUGAGUGUCUGGGUUUCUGUUUCCUUUCUGAGCGAUGAUGUAAAUCAAUAUUACCCUGAACUGAAGUAUAUUUGAAAUAUAUUUCAUGAUGGUUUUUACACUUGAACUGAGCUCAAUGUGUGUGUCCGUGUAUCUCUCUCUGUGUGUGUGUGUCUGUCUCUCUCUGUGUGUGUCUGUCUCUCUCUGUGUGUGUGUCCAUGUGUCUCUCUCUCUGUGUGUGUGUGUGUGUGUGUGUCUCUGUAUCUCUGUGUGAGUGUGUCUGUAUUUUCUUUCUGAGCUAUGAUGUAAAUCAAUUAUUCCUGAAGUAUAUGUGAAAACAUAUUUCAUGAAGGUUUCUACACUUGAACUGAGCUCUUUCCCACAGUGUUAUUUAUAUACAGUCACUAGGUUAUUAUACCCUUCCUGUCUAACCCUGGUGUCGUCCACUGUGUUGUGUCCCGGUCAUCUGUGUUGUCCAGUUGGAGAGCGUAUCCUUACAGUCAGCCCAUAGACCCUCAGAACCUGACUACCUGUCCUCCACCACCAUCUCCUCUGGCAGCUACGCCACCACUGACCCUGAACACACGUCCACCCAAAUAGGUGUGUGACUUGUUUGUAGGCCUAAUCAAUUGAGUAUCUAUCCAGUUCAGUCAUGUCAGAAAUUAUACGUGAUAUAUUAUAGUUACAUUUAAAAUGAUGGAGAUAUCUAAUCCUCUUCUCUUUUUUCCCCAUAAGACUCUUCCCUGCUCUUGGCUGGGUUUGGAAUAGGAGGAGGAGGGGGAAAAUAAAAAGUCAUUGACCAAUGGCUCCUUUUCGUCCAGACACAGUUCCUGUAGGGAAGUAUCUGGUCCUGGGCCUCCCAUCUUAGACUCACUCCUACACAGCAGCAGUAUCCAGCGCAUUAUAGACAAAUACACCAGGGAGCUCAACCUUUCUUUCAGUACUGCUGGGAACCAGACGGGUACACACACAAUUUGAAUCUUUCUUUUUGAUUACAGUAUCCUAUAGUAGUGAAUUUCCAAACAGCAUCUUCUUACAAUUCCCCUUCCUCCUCUAACUUGUCUUCCUCCUCCCAUCCAGGUCCCCCUUCGGUGAUAGAGGGGUCCGUGUGUGAGGAGCCCAGCUCCUCUGUGUCCGGCAGCAGAAGCCCUGGUCUAAGCUACUGCAGGAGAAUGAGGGACCAGACAGGUCACCUGUGUUGGGAGCCGACCCACACUCUCUCCUCUCGGACACAGAGUCAGGAGCUCAGAGGCACAACCAGGUGGGUUCAUCCAAACCCUCACACUCGUUAUGGGUUCAGAGUAAAUACUCAGAUGUUAUUUUUAGUAUCAACAUUGACUAAUACAAGUUUUUUUUUUUUCUUGUUCAGGAAUGGGACAACUCUGUCAACCGGAUCAUGGAUCACCUCUCAGACAAGUCCUCCUCAUUGGUUCUGGACAAGGGGCGGGACUCCACUAUCAGCCCAAUGAUUGGCCAGCCCUCGGAUAAGUCAUCCUCACCGGGCCAAGGGUGGGACUCUACUUUGAGCCGAAUGAUUGGCCAGCUCUCAGGUCAAUCAACCUCACUGGACCAAGGGUGGGAUUCGACUUUGAGCAGAAUGAUUGGCGGGCUCUCCAAUCAGUCAACCUCGGUCAGCCAGCUGAUUGGUCAAGUGCGACUGGACCAGUCAUCCCAGUGGUUGGAUGAAGGCCAGGAUGAGAGCCAGAUGAUGAGGCCUCUGGUUAGAGAGCUGGAUGAGUCUGCUGCCCAAUGGAGUGGGAGCUCAGGUAACCGAGUCAAUGAAUAUGGAUGGAAUAUUACUGUGUGUUGGUUUGUGUUAUUGCAUGUCUUAUUUCAGUGUGCAAGAGCACAUUUCUUGCUAAUGCUAUACUGAAACCUGAUUUUAGUUUUUUUCUACAUUAGGAGCUGAUGGUUCUAACUCCCUAGGCUGGGUGGAUCUGAGGGUCUCGGGCCAGACAGGAGUGUCGUCUGUCCCGGAGGGAGCCCCUGAAGCCCAGUCACUGAGCAGCUCUUCUCUCCCUGGGCUGGAGCCUCAGCCACAUCCACACUACCAGAUACUGCAGCACUCUGGGGCCAAGCUCCCAGGAAGCAGACAGGACUGGGGGUGAGUCUAUUAGAGACGUCUUAUAAUGAUGAAUCAGAAUUCCCUGAUUUAUUUUUGACCUCAUCCUUCAUUUCAUGCAGCAUUCACACUGACCCACCCGCUAACUAGUAUUCCCAUUUCCCUCAUUUGUUGUGAUGGUAUGGCUGAGGUACUAUGUUCUGACUGUUAAUAAUCUUUUUCACUCUGUUCUGUCUCUCAGUGGAUCUAGCCUCCGACUCCUUCCACCCCCUCCUGGCUGAGGUCACUAAUAACGAGAAGGCUGAGCCCUCUAUUAUGACCUUUCACCUCCCAGAGGAGGAAGUGGAGGGGCCAUGGAGCUCAGGUAACAGAGUCAAUGAACAUGGAUGGAAUAUUACUGUGUGUUGGUUUGUGUUAUUGCAUGUCUUAUUUCAGUGUGCAAGAGCACAUUUCUUGCUAAUGCUAUACUGAAACCUGCUUAUUUUUAUUAUUAGGAGCUGAUGGUUCUAACUCCCUAGGCUGGGUGGAUCUGAGUGGCUCAGGCCAGACAGGAGUGUCGUCUGACCCGGAGGGAGUCCCUGAAGCCCAGUCACUGAGCAGCUCCUCUCUCCCUGGGCUGGAGCCUCAGCCACAUCCACACUACCAGAUCCUGCAGCACUCUGGGGACAGCUCCCAGGAAGCAGACAGGACUGGGGGUGAGUCUAUUAGAGACGUUUUCUAAUGAUGAAUCAGGAUUUCCUGAUAUUUUUUAUGACCUCAUCCUCCGUUUCCUACAUUGACGUUCACCCACCUCCUAACUAGUAUUCCCCUUUCCCUCAUUUGUUGUUAUGUUAUGGCUGAGGUACUAGGUUCUGACUAUUCAUCUUUUUGCUAUGUUCUGUCUCUCAGUGGAUCCAGCCUCCGACUCCUUCCACCCCCUCCUGGCUGAGGUCACGCACAACGAGACAGCCGAACCCUCCAUGACCUUUCACCUUCCAGAAGAGGAAGUUAAGGGGCCAUGUUCCCACGACGAAGAAAGUGACCAUGAAGCACCUGCAGGGGACCUUGAGUUCUCUGCAUGCUCAGAGGAGUUUGAGGAUGACACAGACCCCUCCGUCACCUCUGAACCCUCUCCUGAGCGCCUGAGAGGAGGGGAGGAACCACCUCAGUCCUCGCUUGCCGUGCAGGACUCCUUGAACCAGCUGACCACGUCCCAGUGCCUCCCCCAUGACUCUGCCCUGGAGGUAUCCCCUGGAGCAGAGGAGGUGGGUCUAGCAGCAUGUGCCCUCUCAGACCUCUCUCUCUGUGAAGAUGUGCCCACUUUGGACAUGCCACUUGAAGGAGGGGACACUGAUAUGGAGAGUACACCAGCACCUCAUAGAGUUGACCAAGGAGGUGCUAUUACCAUUGAGGACCUGGGUGCAGGAGAGCCGGAUGCCCAGCUAUGUUCAGAGUCAAAGAUCAGCCCUCCCACCUGGGAGAGAAUAAUGGUAUGUAUUUCAUGACAUUUCUUUCACUAUUCAAAUGUUUUUCAGACUUUGGGUCCAGUGAAGGGGUUGUUUAUAAUGGAUGUCACUCGAGAGGCGGGCUUUGAGAAGGAGUCUUCUGUGAUGCUAUUGGUUGAUCUGUGUGAUUGAUGUCUUUCUCCUCCUCUCUCUUACGAGGUGGGCAGUGUGAAGGGCAUAAUGGAUGAGUCCAUGCUGACCCUGGUGAGCCUGACAGACACCACACUACAGGACCAGGAACUCACUGAGGAAGAGGAAGGAGAGACUGAGGUAUCAGAGCAAGAAGACGCUGAGAAAGAAGGCAUUGUGGAAAAGGUGACUGCCCAAUGACCAGAGGAAUCUGUGAAGACUGAGUAACUGAAUCUUGGCUGUAACUUCCUCCGCUGCAUGCAUUUUGUUGGGUAGUCUCUGACCUUGGUGUGAUGUUUUCUAGGAAUCAGAGUCGACAGUGUUGCCAGAGGACACCAGCCUACAGGAGGAAGAGACAACCCCCUCUCAUGCAGGUGAGAACCAGAAGACCUGCAACUUCUCUGGCUCCUACUCUUCUCUCUUUCCUUCUCUGAAUCCUUUCUUGGUCUGUACAGGUUCCUGGAGUGCUUUAUGUACAUACGUGAAUCCUUGUUUAUACUUGUUUUUUUUCUCUUUCCAUGGCAAGUGAUGCUGCUGGAGUUCCAGUCAUGUCCCAGCGUGAAUCUACAGGAGGCCUUCCAGCAGAAACGCAGAGCCCUGAUCCAGAGGUCUGCCCGCAGGGUGGAGGAGAUUCAAGCCAAGAGGGCUGAAGCCAGAGCCAAAGCAAACACCAGGGCCCAGUCUGACACCACUGAGACCAGGGCCAACACAACCACCAGGGCCCAGUCUGACCCAACCACUGUUCAGUCAUCCACAACUAAACCCAGGAGAGAGGGGAGGAGUGCAGAGUCAACCCAUGCACGAGGGGAUGCCAAGCAGAAAAAGCAACAGCCAAAGUCCCAAACUCCCUUGCAGCCUCCCAUGCUAGGUAACAAUAGAAUAGACUAAAAUAAGUAUAAUAUUGUGUUAACAACCAACCAACACAUGGAAACUCUUGAGGAAGGAAAGUGGGGUUAGUAAUGGGUCAAACACUCGGUCUUAGGUGUUGUAGAGUGUUACUGAACCGAGUCCUCCUCUCUUUGUUCCUCGGUGAGUGAAGCCAAGCUGAAGAAGGUUGGGGAGGUGAGGAUCAGCACUCCUGAGAUGAGGAAACAGGACGUGACUGAGAUGCACCAGAGAACAGAGAGGUAACAAGUUCUUUCUAUUCUGCUGGAACAAGACCCAACCACAUUAACAUGAUCUGAUAUCCUACUCUGGUACCUAAGAUGUUUUUGUUCAGCGGCACGUUUCUCUCAUGACCUCGCUCUUGGUUGUGUCUCUGCAGGUUGUACAGCCGACUAGAUGAGGUGAAGCUUCAGAAGGAGGUCAGGAGCAGACAGGAGGCAUAUGCCAAAAACAGGGAGAAGGCCAAAGAGUUUCACAAGGUAACAUUUUAAAAUACCCCAAUGUUUAAAUGAAUUAAAUAUGAUAUUGGUAGAGCAUGGCGCUUGCAGUGACAGGGUUGUGUGUUCCCACGGGGGACCAGUACGAAUAAAGUAUUAAAAUGUAUGCACUCACUACUGUAAGUCGCUCUGGAUAAGAGCGUCUGCUAAAUGGCUAAAAUGUAAAUGUCAAAUUAUAUUAAAUUAAUUGAAAGUUGAAGUUGAUUGAUGUACAUCAACAUUAGUCCUUUUGAAUUAUGUUUUUUCUCUUUACAGAAAACCUUACAGAAGCUACGGGCCAAGCAGUCUUACAAUUGA